GCCCAGAGCGCGGCCCUGUCGCUGCCGCGGUCGGAGGCGCAGCCGUGCCCCGGCCCGACGCGGGGCCGCCGUCUCGCCCGUCACAGGCGGCCCGGCCCGGCGGCCAGCGCGGGGCUCAUGGCCCAGUGAUUUUGGUCCUGGCGGGGUUGAGAUGCUACUGCUGUCAUUGACACAGUGGUGAUGGUUACUGUAAACCCUGAUCCAUGCUGGGUGCUGGUGAUGCAAUGGUGAAAAAUAGCUUUAAUUUCCUGCCUUUCCAGAGGCUAUCUGAUGACCAUCAAGGAAGCCUAGAUGUGCUAGAGGUUAAAGAACUCAGCUCUUGCUUCAAUACAUAGCAGGAAUAAGGGGCUUCUGUGCUUUUGGAUAUCUUCCAGUAGAUGCAAAGGGGUUGCAAGUGGAUAGUGUAUCUGGGAUUAAAGUACACUACGGGAGGACAAAAAUCUUCCAGUUUGUAGCUAUGCUUGCUGAAUACUUUAGUGAUCCGGUUUAGCAAAUGACAAACUUCCAAAGGUUUCAUGCUGAGUGUUUAUGUAAAGUACAGUUUAAAACUUGAUUAUCUGUAGUUGACUUCUUGAGAAGUGAUGGGAAUGACUACCAUCAGUCAGCUGGAACAGCUUAACUGUCAGGAGCUUAAUCUUAACUUGAACACUUAAAUGAUGUUUUGUGUUCUUAAACAAAAUGCAAAAUUAAAUGCACUUCUGUAAGAAAACAAAAUCUGUGCUUGCUAAAUUCACUAAUCCUGUUCUUAAAUAUUUAGGAAUUUUUUAAGCUGCAUUUGUGCAGAAUUUUUGACACACUGCAGUGUAAAUGGAAGUUAGAAAUUGAAGUUAGCACUGUUAGAAAUUGUAGAGUACCAAGAAGCUGUGUGUGUAAGUCUAGAUUUAAUAAGUCUUAUCAAUACAAUUUUUGGUGUUACAACUGAAAUACUGUACUUUGUAUGUGUAAAACUCUUCCCAGCUUUUAAACAGAUUUACGCUUUGCACAUAGCUUUGCCUUUAUGUGAACUUAGCUUUGCUAAUGUAGUGUAAUAAAGUAUGUUAAAAGAAAGUAGUUUCAGAGGCUGCAGAUUGGUUUCGUGUCCCUUAGAUUUUCUAUAGGGUUCUGUAGAAGUGACACACAGGUUAAUUUAUUUUAGCAAAUUCCGGUAGUAUCACCUUAGAUUAUAACGAAACUUUAUAUUCAUGACGACUUUAAGAUGGUUGAAGUGUGACCUGCUGUGAUUCCUCCUUAGGCAUCAUGGGCCAGCCUUCCGUUUGUUGGCACUGGUCACAGUGUGGUCAUUUGUUCUGCAAGACCAGUGCAGUAGUUGGGAUUGAAGCUUGUCUGGCUAAUUAGAGUAUUAGAAAUAAAUUUCCAGAGCAGGAAAGAUCAUGUCUUUCAGCUGCUUCACCUUUAGAUCAGCUGAGGGGAACACAAAAUAGCAUUCUGAGAAAGGAAAGCACUUAAUUUAAAAUAUCCCACCUCACAAUGACUCCUUAAUUUACAAAAGGAAAGCUUCACACUGCUUGAUAAACAAUACAACUAUUUUCUAUAUAUAAGGAAAUGAUACACCCUUGUUAUAAACUGACUUUGUAUUACCUCAGAAAUGUAGGCUUGAGUUUGAAAGAGACGGGGUUUUUUAUUACCUCUUAUUAUGUCAUUUCUAGUAGACAUAAUUGCAGUAGAGAAAAUUAUAAAUCUUAGAAAUAAUUAUUUUUGGCAUUUUUGGGCUUCAGUGUCAACAUAUAAAGAAGAACAAGUGGAGUAGGACAUAGGUAUGUAAAUAUUAGUAUUGAGUCAUUUGGACUUCCCUGUGAUUUCACAACAGUGGUAAGAAAUUAGGGGUUUUUUCAGGCAAGCAAGCAGAGGUUGGUAGUGUAAAAAUUUAUGGAGCAGCCCAACUUAAUCUUUAGAUAGUGUUACUCAGCUGUUUGGUUACCAAUAUUCACUGUUGUGGCUUUUUUUUUCCUUUUUUUAAGUUGUACAAUCAUCUUAAGUUACACCCUUUAUGUAACUAAAAUUGCAAACACUGUGGUUAAAGUACUUCUUAUAAUGAAAAUUAUAUUGAGUAGAAUACCACUGAAUUUCUUUUGUUUAUGGAAUUUUUUUAUGUCCUUCUUCUUACCUCCCAUUAAUUCCUGUAUCACAUGUACUUAAAUAUGGCUUCUGGGAAAUAUUUAAUGUCAUGUGUGGUUUUUUUUUUUUUUUUGUAAUUAUGAAAGAGAAUAUUUAAAAGAAGCUCAAAACUUUUAAAAGUUUAGCUUUAAUCUUGAGUUUAAGGUCAAAAGAACUUUCACAGUUUCAGCUGUUUGAAAGCUGUCUGGCUGUAAUGUUCAAAUCUUUGACAUAAAACACAGCCCCUAUUAACAUGAGCUUAUAAGAGUGGAAAAAGCACAUGUUUUCCUUUAACCUUUGUAUUUCCUUUUCAGGUUAAAUAUUUGUUGCUACCUGCAAAAUAAUUGAACUUUUGGAUACAUUCUGCCUAGGUAGAAGAAUUUUCUAUCUGGCACAGGCAGCAAGAUAAACAGCAGUGGCAAGAUGGAGGCACAGGCAGGCAGUUGGUGCCUUGAAGUUUAUAGAAAGCUCAAAGAGGCUAUUGCUUUUUAUGAAGACCAACAAGCAAUUUCAGAGUUAGGAGAGCAAAUACUGGAUUUAUGUAUGUUCUAGAUCCAAUGAUUAGUUCUGUGACAAGACAACAUGACACUUUGAGUAUGACAGAAGCCCUAAUGUUGCAGCAGAGGCUGGGAAUAUUAAUGGCCAAAUCUAGAGAUCAGAUGGUCUUCUAAAGAAGUCAUGGGUAGCUGUUGUAGCUGUCCAGAUAAAGAAACUGUCCCAGAUAACCAACGAAACAAGUUUAAGGUUAUUAAUGUGGAUGAUGAUGGUAAUGAACUGGGUUCUGGCAUAAUGGAACUUACAGAUACAGAACUAAUUUUGUACACCCGUAAAAGGGACUCUGUAAAAUGGCACUACCUCUGUCUCCGUCGCUAUGGCUAUGACUCAAAUCUUUUCUCUUUUGAAAGUGGUCGAAGGUGUCAAACUGGACAAGGAAUCUUUGCCUUUAAGUGUGCCCGGGCAGAAGAGCUAUUUAACAUGUUACAAGAGAUAAUGCAGAAUAAUAGCAUAAAUGUGGUAGAAGAACCAGUAGUAGAAAGGAAUAAUCAUCAAACUGAGUUGGAAGUACCAAGGACCCCUCGAACACCUACCACUCCAGGGUUCAAUGCACAGAGUUUACCCAACGGCUACCCCAGAUACCCGUCCUUUGGAGACGCUUCCUCGCACCCUUCCAGCAGACACCCUUCUGUGGGCAGCGCGCGCCUCCCCUCUGUCGGUGAAGAGUCCACACAUCCUUUACUUGUAGCAGAGGAGCAAGUGCACACUUACGUAAACACUACUGGAGUACAAGAGGAAAGAAAAAAUCGAUCAAGUGUGCAUGUGCCACUGGAAUCAAAGCUUUCAAACACUGAAACAGCUAAAGUGAAAGAAGAUCAGAUGUGUACUGAUGACAGAGAUGCUCAGGUUCUCCUGGAGCCUGAAGGAGUGAAGUUUGUUUUAGGACCAACACCUGUUCAAAGGCAGUUAAUGGAAAGAGAGAAACUGGAACAACUUGGGAGAGAUCAAGUUAGUGGCAGCAGCACAAACAACACUGAAUGGGACACUGGGUAUGACAGUGAUGAACGUAGAGAGACACCAUCUGGUAAUAAAUUGGUGUAUGAAAAUAUAAAUAGGUUAUCAAUCCCUAGUGCCUCAGGGGUCAGGAGAGGUCGCUUGACAUCAACCAGUACCUCAGACACCCAGAACAUCAACAACUCUGCUCAGAGAAGAACUGCGCUGCUGAACUACGAGAACUUGCCAUCCUUGCCACCUGUUUGGGAAGCCCGCAAGCUGAGCAGAGAUGAAGAUGACAGUUUAGGACCAAAGACCCCGUCUCUGAAUGGCUACCACAAUAACCUAGAUCUAAUGCAUAACUACGUUAAUACAGAGAAUGUAACAGUACCAGCAAGUGCUCAUAAAGUAGAAUUUACACGACGUCGGGACUGUACCCCAACAGUCUUUAACUUUGACAUUAGGCGUCCAAGUUUAGAACACAGGCAGCUCAACUAUAUACAGGUUGACUUGGAAGGUGGCAGUGACUCUGACAACCCUCAGACUCCAAAAACCCCCACCACUCCACUUCCGCAGACUCCAACCAGGCGCACAGAGCUGUAUGCUGUGAUAGACAUUGAAAGAACUGCUGCUAUGUCAAGCUUGCAAAAAGCACUGCCCCGAGAUGAUGGUACUUCUAGGAAAACUAGACAUAACAGUACUGACCUGCCUAUGUGAGCCUGGGGAGCAUUGAAUCAUUUGCACCUUUUGUGAAGUUUAUAAAACUGAAGAUGCGAAUACUUUGCAUUUCUUAACACUAACGCCUUUUAUAGACUAAUAGAACCUUUUCUGCAUACUUCGUGUACUUGUCUUACUAAAGGGAAUUAAUGUAGAGCAAGUAUUCAUUUUAGGUAACACUAUUUCAUCCUACAGUAGAAGUAAUUACUGCAUAGCAGCAUCACCACCUUUCACAGUGCCUCUUUAAUUGAUUAGAGUCUGAGUGACAUGCCAGUUUUGAAUUUAUAAAUAUUCUGGUCUGGUGCCUAUACUCAUUAACGGCGUUUAUAACACUUUUUAAAGCCUCUUGAUAUGUGCAUUAUUAGCAGGUAAACCUAAUAUUUCAAUAUGCUUAUCUGACGUUCAUUCCAUUGAAGUGGUUCCUCCAGAAUGAAAUGUAUGUAAUGCGUUAAUUCACUCAGUUUGACAUACACAAGAUAUAUUGAUUCAUCUCACAGAAUAUAAACAUCACACCUUUUUUGUCUGUAGGCAAGAAGGCCUCUGAUUCCUGAUGGUUUUCUUAACUAGUGUGAUAUUUGAGAGGUCACAUUGAUGGUUGUUGAUCAGAACUAUAAACACAUCAAAAACUAGCCUUAAGCUCCUUCUGCUGGAAUAGAAUUCCAAGUGACAUAUCAAAUUCCCUCUGGAAUCUGACAAAAUUUUAAUCUCAUCAGAGUUUUGGGGUGUUUUGUGAGGGAAUUCACAGGUGGGCUGUAAGAAUUAAGGCUCUCUUGUCAUUUCUUAGUUCAGUGUGCCUUCUUUCCUUUGCAUUUGUGUGUUUCCUUUUUAUUUGUUCCAUAAUGUCUUGUUUUAAAAGUCAAAAUUUUGUACAUAGCGUUAAUUGUUCAGGGUCAUCUAUGUAUUUGUCUUACUCUCUGCAUUUGACAAAGCAAGACUCUUGAAGGUCAAGUGGUUGUCUUCGUCCAGUGUUCUACUUUUUUAUGCCUGACAGAAAUAUCCCAGCUCUCCAGCAGUAUGCAUUAUUGCACAACUGGAAAGGUUUAUUAUGCAGUUAUUGUCUUCCUCUAAAGCAUCAAACACAGGUUACACGGGAGGCAGGGUACUGGACUUGAUAGUUCUUUAUAGAAAGUUGUACGUUCUAGCAAUGUGCAUCCAUAGGUGAUAGUGUACUUUAAUUUAAAAAGAUGCGUAGUAAAUUAUCUGAAGGUAGUAUUAUCUAUGAACAUACUUGUUUUCCUUUUGCAGUUGAUGAAUUUGGUUACAAUGAUAGCUGCUCAGUGUUACAGGUACAUCCAGGUAGAAUGUUGUUUGUUGGAUAUGCCAGAGACGCCCUUAGACUUUUUUUUCUAUUUUGUUUACUAAUACUCUGAAUAAUCGUAGAAUUCUGGCAGUAUUGCAGGUGCACCUUGGUACUAGCAGCAGGAGAAAUUGCUCUUGAGCCUGUGAUUGCAAAGGAACUGAUACUUGUGUGAACUGGUAUGAUAUAAAAUAACCCUUGAACUGUGAGGAAAAUCAUGCAAGAAAAGCCAUUUGGAGAUCUGAAAAAGCAUUAAGGGUCUCCAUGCAAUAUUUGAAUUGAAGUUUUAUGAAAACCAAACUACAAUUAUUUUCUGUCUUUUUAAUUGGUGUGUAUUUCUGUUCCUACAACUUUUUUCUUUGGUCUUCUCGUAUUUAGUAGUGGCAGUAGUAGCAGCACCUGAAAUAUAUGUCUCUUGCCGUACCAUUAGUUGGUAUCAGGCCACCCUUUCACUCUGGCUUUCAUUAUUCCUUACAGACUGUACGGUACUGAAAUACCAGAUGGACAAAGAAUACAAUUUGCUGAAGUAAAAGAUAGGAGUCAUUGAGACCAUUGUGAGGAACUCAAAAGAGAUUUUUUUAAAAAAACCUUAUUAAUUAUUUAAUCAUCAGCCUCUGCAUACUCUUGUGACAGACUCGCUGACUUGUGAGGAGACCUUGGUACUCAAGAAGGUAAAGACUACCUAGAGCUAGGCAUUUUACAGGUUGUACCCAGGUGGGUACACUCCUCUCCCAGUCAGCCAGCGACAGGACAAGAGGACAUAGGCUUAAGCUGUGCCAGGUAGAUGUUAGCAAGAAAUUUUUCACAGAAGGGCUGAUUAAGCAUUGGAAUGAGCUGCCCAGAGGGGUGGUGGAGUCACUGUCCCUGGAGGUGUUCAAGGAAAGACUGGAUAUGGCAGCUGGUGCCGUGGUCUGGUUGGCAGGGUGGUGUUUGGUCAUAGGUUGGCUUCAGCGAUCUCAGAGGUCUUUUCCAAGCCUACUGAUUCUGUAACUGCUCCCUCACAUCUUUGCCAUUGCCUCACCUUAUGGACCUCCUGGUCUGUACUGAAGAGAAAUCACAGUGCAUUGCAAAAUGGGUUAAUAAUAUUUGUGUGACUCUUGUUCUUAGCAUAUAGCUCAGUUAAAUUUGUGAGCUGAACUAAUGCUUCAACAUUUGUUUUGAGGCAAACCUGUUUGAUCUGUCUAGCUGCUUAGAAAUACAUGGUCCUCAUCUGUAUAGUUUAAAGUAAUUGACUGGACCCUUAAAACACACCAGUGAGGCACGAAGUAAUAAUAUUCUUUACUAAAUAGGAAAGCAGAGGCUUUGGGUAGAUCUUAAGUGACCUGCUGAAAUUUCAGCAACCAGCCAUAUCCCUCCGGAGUUCCAGUGCACUGUCCUAUGCAUUUAUCCUGAAUAGUCUCAGAUGAAAUGAAUGGUCUGAGCAAAUUUUUUACAAUGUUGCAAGUUUCACAGUGUUUUCUUAGCUCUGGUCCCCGGAAUUGAGAAUAUACUGAAAUUUCAGCUGUCUGUAGCCUUAAUUAUAUUAACAAGUCUGAUGACAUAUUUUCCAGGACUACUUUUUUAACCUGUUACAUUUUACAGGUGGGAUAACGCUUUCUCGUUUUGUGUAUGCUGCGAACAUUCUGGGUGGUCCCUGUCACCCACACUACUCAUCUUUAGCAUUCCUUAUUUUCUGCCCCUUGAAGUAGAUGCAGUUGCAAUGCACUUUACCCUUUGAGACUUGGUAAAUAUUUUUUUCAAUUCAGUCUCUUUUAAAGGCUGUGAUGUUAGAUUUAGUGUCUGUAAUCUAGGAUUCAGUUUUCAGAUGAAAUCUCUCCAUGGUAUCUAGAUCAUAUUUAUUUUGGGCCCACAGGUGUAUAGACUGAGAAACUAGAAAUAUGUAACCAUUUUCUUUAGUACAUGUGGCAUGUUAAGUUUACAUAAACUAGGCCCUGUAAAAAUGGUAGCAUCUCCAUCAGUUCUACUUUUCAUCCCUAACGAGUAGUCGGUUGCUGCCCUUCAAACACAUUUGACAAGAGGAAACCUUUAACUGUAGGUAUUCCUUUAGUGCAAUGAUUUGAGAAAGACAUACAUUACUGUAUCUUUUAAACAAGGCAACUGAGUUGUUAAACAACACAAAUAAGUGACCAAAAGUAUAUAAUAAAGAUUGUGCUAGAAAUACAGGGAGUGAGAAUUUAUUCCAUUUUUAUAUCAGGAUUUUUCCUCAAAAUUAUGUCAGAAGGAGGACCAAUUGUUUUAAUUUUUGUGGUGUUUUUUGCUGACUUCCUAAAGCAAUACUGAAAAAGACCAUUCUGAAAACCUUGACACUCCUUAGAACAUCUUUUGUUUCCCCCAAUAAGUAUGUUUUGCAUUUGAUAGGGGUUGAAUCUGAUGAUGUGCAUGGAAGCACUACUCCUAUUAAAGUCUUCAGAGCUUUUAUAGAAAAUAUAAGUGUUGAAGUAGAAAUUUCAUAUAAUGAAUUGAUAAAAUGUCCUUCCCCCUCCCUGAUGUUUGGAUAUUUGUGUGUAUUUGCACCUCUGACUAGGGCUUGGGUGUAAAAAGGGUCACAGAAAUGUGUAAACUGUGUGAAGUCCAAACCAGUGUCAAAACAGGGCUGCUUUUUAUAGGUGACAGACCAGCAGUUGAUUGAUUUUGCUGGUUGUAUAACAGUGUGUAUUGGCUCAAGAUCUGGCUGUUCUUGUUUUUAUUUGAUAUUUAACCACUUCUCAAUGAGAGAGAUUCAGGAGAGAACAGAUUGUUCUUAUUCAUUAUCGGUGAAGUAAAAAUGGAAAUUCUGAUUAAUGUCAGUUACUAUUUUGAGCAUAUAAGGAUGUAUCUGAUUUGGACAUCUGUUUCUAAACAGUAUUCCUCACUUCAUGUAAGGUGAGAUCAAUGGUGAAAUUCCAUUUCUGCACUGUACUAAUUUAUUUAAUGGCUGCAAAUAAGAUGAAAUUAAUGGAAUAGGAACUAGUAGUGGACUUAAAUCUGAAAUUUUCCUAUUUCCCCUACAGGAGCCUGGUCCUUCAUUGUGAUAGAUAGAGUUAGGCAUUUUUGAAAUUUAAUGAUAGGAUCUUUCCCAUCUCUUCCUUGAGGUAGCAAUUCAGGCAUUUAUAUUUGACAGUAUUUACUUAAUAUAAACCUAAGUUCAUUUAUUAUAUCUUUUAUUUUUAAUUCAUAUACACUCCAAGGAAAAAAAUCCAGAAGAAAUUCCACCACAAAAAACUGCGUUAAGAUGGAGUCAGGCUUGCUGAUAUCUCUCAUACAGAAGAUUAUUAAAAAGGAAGUCAUUUUGAGGUGCUAUCAUGAUCUUUAGGAAUUACUUCCUCUUUUGGACAAGAUAAGUGAAUCAGAAGAAAAUAAGAGCAACUUAGCAUCUGCAACUCUGACCAUGUAUGCAUUAUUUCUUGUGCUGUGCUGUAAGGUAUGUGAUUAAGUCUGUCAGAUGUCUUAUGAGAAUAUUUUCCUAACACGGUGUUUACUCCAGAUUAACGCAGUAUUUUGUUUGGAAGUAUGUAGGUGUACAGGUAGAAAUAGAACAUGAGAAAUAAGAUUGAUGAAACAAGUGUUGGACAUUUCUAUAUUUUUAUACAUUAUGAAGGGCAUUUUUGAAAUUUUUCUUGCAGUUUUAGUAAUUAUUUAGUGUGGUAAUAUACAUAUAUUGUGACAAUGUUUUCCACUAUAUCCAUGACUUUGGUGUAAUUCUAUUUUAUGUAGCAAAUAUGUGUAUAUAGAAAGGAGAUUAUGUAAAAGCUAUGAUUAAAAAAUAGACUCAAGCCCUUCAGAACAGGGACCGUCUUCCUCUGUGUCUACAAAGUACUAAAUGCCUUGGGGUCCCAGCCAGAGCUCCCGUCUGAGACCUGUAGUGACUGAAUUGCCAAGUGAGGAGUGUGGAGGAAGCAGCUCCUCUGCUUUCCAUGAGAAGCCUUAGUAUAAAAGGUGCCAUGAAGCUCACGCUGCCAACCCCUGGUGCUGGGGCUGUGUGUGUACACAGCCCUGUGCCUGCCAAGCAACCCACAGAGCCCAGAGUCCCUGUGUCCUUUGCUCCGGUCCUUCCCCUUGGCAGUAGGAAAAGGAGUCUGACAAGGAGCUUUGAUGUGAUCAGGAGAUCUUCCAUGUUAGCAGGGUGACCCUUUCCAGAGCUUGUUCAGUCUGCAUGCAGUGUCCCUUGAAGCUGAUCAAAUGGUUCCUGUUGACUUCAAGGGCCACUGCAUGGGCUUCUGCAAGAUUGAGUUCUGCUGAUGUAACAGCCCUGCCACACCUGAGGACCUGGUUGGUCAAGUUCUUCAGGAAUGGUCUAAAAAGAUGUAAAAAUAUAAAUAUAUUUAAUUACAUGUACUGAAAACCAAAUCCUAUUUGUUGUGGUCAGAGUUCAGAUAAUUAUGGGAAUUUUGAUUUCUUAGUCAUACUUGCAUAUAUAUUGCUUUAACUGUUGUGUAUGAAAGAGGAAGUGAUUCUAAAAUGUGUGAAAGAUCAGGAUUACACCUGUUUCUUAAUGGUUAUGUUAUUUAGGAAUGGAUGUCAGCGAAUUUAACUCCAUAAUAAUGCAGUUUUUUUGCAUUGGAAUAUGUGUGUAUAUCAUACACCCACAUUUUAUAUAUAAUAUAUUAUAUAUUUGGUACUAACUUUGUAUUUUGAAAUUUUGCCAAAUCACGAACACAGAUGUUCUCACUUGUAAGACUUUGGUACUUAAUAACUGAAUGUAUAAGAAAUGCUCCGAUAUGAGAGGAAAGAGUGUUGUAUGGUGCCCCACAGUCCCGAUGGCUCGACCAGCAGGCACGUUGCCUUUUCCCCGUCUCGCUCCAUUGCAGCAUCCCCUUUGGUCUCCUGGAAAGCGUCUGUGUCCCCGCCGAAGCGCAGGCCGGCCGCGCGCCGCACCAGCGCCAGGGCUGACUGGCACGAGGGAUACAGGGGUGUGCCACAAAUGCAUUUAGUAAAUGCAGAAAUAGACAUUUCUACAAAGGCCAAAAUCUUUUGUUGUAUGUUCCUUUCUUGUCAUUACAUUGUAUCAUAUUGUAAGAUUAUUGUAUGUCCUAAUUUGCAUUAUAAAAUGUUUUUUCCUACUUAAAGGCAUAAAUAUAGGAACUUUGUAUAAAGGUAGCUUUCUAGAUUUUUAUUUCUUUUAUAUAAAAAAGUCUAAACAGUGGGAGUACCAUUGCCAAAUUGUUUAUAAAAUUUCAAGUAAUUUUCCCUGUUGAAUUAAUUUGUUUUUACAAACAUUCCGUAUUUCUUAUACUAUGCAGAAAGAGUGUAUUUUUAUGCCAUUCCACAUUAAUCUUAAAAAAAAUAAUUUCACUUCUUUUAAGCUGUCAUUACUGAGAAAGCUCAUCAAAUGUGCAUUUUUAAAAAAAGGUGUUAUGUACAUUUUCCCCCUUACCAGUGCCAACUUCAUUUGGAAAAAAAAAAAUUGUAGCAUGGCAAUAAACUAUUGAUUUUACAUUAAAAA